AUGUAUGCAACUGCUAUGUCACUAGCUCUUGUGAAGCAGUUGCGUGAGGAAACAGGAGUAGGAAUGAUGGAUUGCAAGAAAGCCCUAUCUGAAACUAAAGGAGACAUAGUUAAAGUUCAGGAAUACCUAAGAAAGAGAGGGUUAGCAAGUGCAGAUAGGAAAUCCACUAAUCCAGUAGGGUCACAGCUGAAGGAAGAAUUGGUUCUUACAUACAUGCUAGCAGCAAGCAGGAUAGGCACCUUAAUAGAGGUGAAUCGUGAAACAGAUUUUGUAGCUCGAGGUGACAUUUUCAAGGAAUUGGUUGAGGACUUGACCAUGCAAGUGGCUACAUGCCCUCAAGUACAGUAUCUUAGUACUGAAGAUGUUCCCAAAGAUAUUGUUGAUAAGGAGAUGGAAAUUGAAAUGCAAAAGGAAGAUCUAUUGUCCAAGCCAAAGCAAAUUAGGUCUAAGAUUGCAGCCCGUCAGGGCGGGUUUCUUUGGCCCCAUUUGGGGCAGGGCGUGUUCUUUUUGCCAUCUCUAUCUUUGGUUGCUUUGGUCCGGGUUUCUGAUUAUGAAUGCAUUGAUAAAUUUCUCUAG